GCGAAAUAUAAAGAAGUCGCUGGAUCUCGGAAUAUUUGGCGGCCGCUGGACACAACCACGAUGGUGCCAUCGCCGACGCCGCCGACGCGCCCGAGCCCGGGCCGGUCGCCGCGCAACGACCAGGACGAGCGCGAGGAGCGCAUCUUGAUCCAGAACGACGCGCUGUACAUGGCAGGCCCGCCGGCCUCGGCGAACGCCAACGGCGUCGUGCCCACGCCGUCGACGACACCUGCCGGGAAGCCCAAGCUCCUGCCGCAGUUCAAGUUUGUGUGGUCCAUGAUUGGCGUCAAUACGCUCAUCUUCAUCAUUGAAAUCGCGGAAAAUGGCUGGACCGUCGAGAGCCUCAAGGUGAACCCGCUCAUCGGCCCGAGCGCCCAAGUGCUUCUGUCGAUGGGCGCCCAGCGCACGGAUCUCAUCAAAGACGGCGCGUGGUGGCGCCUCUUCACGGCCAUGUUCCUCCAUGCUGGCGUUGUCCAUCUUCUCUUCAACAUGGCCGCGCUCUACCAGCUGGGCAUGGAACUCGAGUCGACCUUCGAUCGCCGGCGCAUCGCGACCAUCUACUUUGCCACCGGGAUCAUUGGCGCCAUCGUCUCGGGCUUUUUCGUGCCCGAUGUCGUUGGCGUCGGUGCGUCCGGCGCGAUCUUUGGCCUCUUUGGCGCUACGUUUGCCGAGUUCAUGCUCAACUGGAAGCUGUACACGAACCGCGUAUGCCACAUGACCAACUUGGUGGUCGUCGCCCUUGUGAACCUUGGCAUUGGGUUGCUUCCGUUCGUCAACAACUUCGCCCAUCUCUCGGGCUUCAUUAGCGGCCUGAGCCUCGGCUUUGGAAUGCUGAGCCUGCCGCUGAGUCGCCAAGACCGCAUCAUGGGGACGCGCACGAAGAAGCAGCGACUGCUCGGGUAUGGCGGCCUGCUCUUCACGGCGUUUUUUGCGAUCCUCUUUCUCGCCCUCUUUGCAAGCAACACGAACGCAAUGACGGCGUGUCCGUGGUGCAAGUACCUCGACUGCAUUCCCGCGCCCUGGUGGAGCUGCGAUGCCACCACGAGUGGCGAGUGCUUGGGCGAAAAGUUCAACAAUGGCACGCUGCGGGUGACGUGCCCGAGCGGCCGCAACGUGACGGCGCCGACCAAGAGCGAGUUUACGGCCGCGCUCUGUACAUCGCUUUGUUCGUAAAUUGCACCAUCUUCAUGUACCCUCCUACCCUAAUCCCUCUAAACCAAGACACUGCAUAAAUGCAUGGAGCGC